GAAGGAGAAAACAAGCCACCGAAAGCCUUACCAGCUCAGAUGGAGAACGACCGUGUCUUUGGUGACCGGUGGGGGAAGAGCGACGUGCCCGUGGUCCUGAACAACCCCUACUCCGAAGAGGAGCAGCCACCGCCAUCUGGGCGGCAGUCCCCAACUAAGAACACAGCGAAUGGAAGUCCUUCCAAAUGCCCGCGAUUUGUCAAAAUCAAGAACUGGGAGACAGGCUCCGUGCUUCACGACACCCUGCACCUCAAGACGGCGAUGGCCACCGCGUGCACCGAGCAGAUCUGCAUGGGCUCAGUAAUGACCCCUAGCCAGCACGUCCGCAAGUCAGAGGAUACCAGGACAAAAGAGGAGGUGCUCCUCUUGGCUAAGGACUUCAUUGACCAGUACUACUCCUCCAUAAAGAGAUCUGGCUCCAAGGCCCACAUGGAACGGCUGGAGGAAGUGACCAAGGAGAUUGAAGCCACUGAUACCUACCAGCUGCGGGACACAGAGCUGAUCUAUGGAGCCAAGCAUGCCUGGAGAAAUGCAGCGCGCUGUGUGGGCAGGAUUCAGUGGUCCAAGCUGCAGGUGUUUGAUGCCCGGGACUGCACCACCGCCCACGGCAUGUUCAAUUAUAUCUGCAACCACAUCAAAUACGCCACCAACAAAGGGAACCUCAGGUCUGCUAUUACCAUCUUCCCGCAGCGGACGGACAGCAAGCAUGACUUCCGCAUCUGGAACGCCCAGCUCAUCCGCUACGCUGGCUACAAGCAGCCCGACGGCACUGUCCUGGGGGACCCCGCAAACGUGGAGCUGACAGAGAUCUGCAUUCAGCAAGGGUGGAAGGCACCGCAUGGGCGCUUCGAUAUCCUGCCUCUGCUCCUCCAAGCCAAUGGCAACGAUCCAGAGCUCUUUGAAAUCCCCCCGGAGCUUGUGCUGGAAGUGCCCAUCCGGCACCCCAAGUUCGGCUGGUUUAAGGACCUGGGCCUGAAGUGGUAUGGUUUGCCAGCAGUUUCCAACAUGCUCCUGGAGAUUGGCGGCUUGGAGUUUUCCGCCUGCCCCUUCAGCGGCUGGUACAUGGGCACGGAGAUUGGGGUCCGGGACUAUUGUGACAACUCUCGCUACAACAUACUGGAGCAAGUGGCCAAGAAAAUGAAUCUGGAUAUGAGGAAAACCUCCUCGCUGUGGAAGGACCAGGCCCUGGUGGAGAUCAACAUUGCUGUGCUGUACAGCUUCCAGAGCGACAAAGUGACUAUUGUGGAUCACCACUCAGCCACUGAGUCCUUUAUCAAGCACAUGGAGAAUGAGUACCGAUGCCGUGGAGGCUGUCCUGCCGACUGGGUGUGGAUUGUCCCACCAAUGUCUGGCAGCAUCACCCCAGUUUUCCAUCAAGAAAUGCUCAACUACCGUCUCACACCCUCCUUUGAGUACCAGCCGGACCCGUGGAACACCCACGUCUGGAAAGGGGUCAAUGGGACACCUACCAAGAAGAGGGCCAUUGGCUUUAAGAAGUUAGCAAAAGCUGUGAAGUUCUCAGCCAAGCUGAUGGGACAGGCCAUGGCCAAGAGGGUCAAAGCGACCAUCCUAUACGCCACUGAAACAGGGAAGUCGCAGGUCUAUGCAAAAACUCUGUGUGAAAUCUUCAAGCACGCUUUCGAUGCUAAGGUGAUGUCCAUGGACGAGUACGACAUCGUGCACCUAGAGCACGAAACCAUGGUCCUGGUGGUCACAAGCACCUUUGGCAAUGGAGACCCACCUGAGAACGGAGAGAAAUUUGGCUGCGCGUUAAUGGAGAUGAAGAAUCCCAACUCCAACCUGGAGGAGAGGAAGUAAGAGCACCCCAAACCCCUCCUUUCCCAGGCGCAACUCCAGCGAGCAGGCAGCCCUGCAGCUGGGACAGCCUGCUUCUCUGUUUCCCUCCUCUGGGAAGGGAGUACGAAACCCCCACACAAGCU